CAGUUUUACGACGCACUGUUUACGCUGGAAUGAAAGUAACCAACUCGUCAACGGAGCGCCGUACCGCGUCCGAGUAUCAGAGUGGCAGCAUAUUCCGUGGCUGCUCGGUAGAAAGUGGUACCGUCGUACCGAUGGCACCAUCGAAGCUCAACUAUCGCAUCUCCGUGCUGACGUUCUUCGCCAAGGCACAUCCAAACGACGAGUGUUGCGGUACGAACGGGUUACCGCUGACGCCGAACUCGAUCGGAAUUUUUGGCCGGGCUCAGCUGCUAAAAUCAGAUGCGCUGCGGCACGAGAAUCUGUGCACCUACCUCGAUGCGAUACGAGGCAAACAUGAACGGACGAUCAUCGUGCAGGAGUACGUCGGUUGUCCACUGUCGGAAACGUUUAUCGGCGAGAACAAUAAGCAAGAAACGUUGCUGCGUAUCGGGUACCAGGUGCUGAACGCUCUAACACAUCUAAACCAGUGCGGGCUGGUAUGCCGAAAUCUCGACCCAACCAACGUGAUGGUGAGCCGCGAUUUCGGUGUAAAGCUGUACAACUACGGACUCUACCACAUGACGUGUGGCGGUCGGUACGUGUCGUUUCCGAUCGGUAAUGUGCGGUACCUGGCGCCCGAAGUACUGCUGGGCAGUCGGGAAAACGUGAAGAGCGACGUGUGGAGUUUGGGCAUCAUACUGGCCGAACUGGCCCUUUGCUGUACGCUGUGGGAGUCGCUGAAACUGUCCCAGAUCAUACGCAAAGUGCUGAGCCUGGUCAACACGCAGAACGUGUUCGAGAAGAUUGCCCGCGAGCAUAGCAGGCUAGAAAUGUACGAAUCCAUGGACGCUGGAUUAAGGCGCAUGGUGGAAGAGUUUCUAACCAUCUCACCAAGAAAACGUCCGCUGGCGAAAGAUGCUCUAGAUGAUCCGGUAUUUGAUUUCAUGAGGCUUAGCAGUACGCCUACGAACGACACCAGUGGACUAACGUUGGUAGAGAAGCAUCUAUCCCUUGCCCAGCUGUACUAUCUCUGGCAGUUGGCCGGCGGCGAUGUCCAGCAGGAGCUAAAAAAGGAAGGACUUAUCAAGAGUGAGGCACCGAUUCUUUCCCUACCGAACUUGGUGAUGCUGAAUGGAAAAUCUAUCUCACCGCCAAAGAGUCAAAGCUUCCUGCACGAUCAUCGGAUCAUUUUCCUUAACUUUAACACCCUCUUGGAACGGCUUUCCGCCAUCCCGGAGGAAGACUAUUUGCCGCUGAUUUACAACACGGACGCUUACCUCGAAUCGCCGAUCUUCAAAACUGAACUACCGCUCGUGAUACGGGAACGGGACAUGAUCUAUCAGUUUCAUCGGAUCGUGCUGCUCAACACGCUGCUCCAAGGGUAUCCCUACACGCACGAUCUGUUACGGUCGUUUGCCGCCAAAGAUAUACCGCCUCUGUUCCGUGGGCAGGUUUGGGCCUGCUUACUUGGGGUGGUUGAGAAUGGGAUGUACGAGCGGUUGGACAAGUGUAGCCCGACGCACACCGAUCGGCAGAUCGAGGUGGACAUACCCAGAUGCCACCAGUACAACGAGCUACUGUCCGCACCAGAAGGGCAUGCCAAAUUGAAGCGUUUGCUAAAGGCGUGGGUAUCGGCACAUCCGCAGUACGUAUAUUGGCAGGGUCUGGACUCGUUGACAGCGCCGUUCCUAUACCUUAACUUCAACAACGAGGAGCGCGCCUUUCUCAGCCUGUACAAAUUCAUACCGAAGUAUCUGCAUCUAUUCUUUCUGAAGGACAAUUCGUCAAUCAUUAAAGAGUAUCUGGUAAAGUUCUUUCAGUUGAUAUUCUUCCACGAACCGGCACUCGCGAAACAUCUGCACGGGAUCAACUUUAUACCGGAGCUGUACGCGAUUCCGUGGUUUUUAACAAUGUUUAGCCACGUGUUUCCGUUGCACAAGAUAUUCCAUCUCUGGGACAAGCUGAUACUGGGCGACAAUUCCUAUCCGCUUUUCAUCGGUAUCGCUAUACUAAAGCAGCUAAAGAGUACACUGCUAAAAUCGGGCUUCAACGAGUGCAUCCUACUGUUUAGCGAUCUGCCCGAUAUUGUGAUCGAAUCGUGCGUCAACGAUUCGGAAAGCAUGUAUCAGUUUACGCCGAAAAGCAUCACCUAUCGGAAGUACGCUCUGCACGAGGAAGGGCCGGAAGAGUUUGACCUUAACUAUAGCGAGGACGAUCUGCGUGAAGUACAGGCGGAACUACAUCCACGCAUUAGCGUGUACGAUCUGAUACGUUUGUUGCGCGAUCGGCCAGCCAGCACGGCCAUACUCGACAUUCGCAGCAGUCUCGACUACCGGAAGGCAGCGAUUGAGAACAGCAUCAACAUACCAUUUAGCUCUGUCUCGUUGAAAGAAGCUCGACUGGAUGCGCUAAAUGUACCACGGUUGGAAGCGUACCUACGCCGUCAGCCUACCAUAACGAUCGUCGUAAGCGUGUCGCACGAGAAUGCAAUGCUGUUUGCGAAAUUUCUAGUGGACAGUGACGUACCGUACGUGACGGUACUGCAUCGUGGCUUUGAAGCGAUCUAUCGUACGGAUGACAAACUGAUACUGCAAACAUUCGAUUACAUAAAUACGCUCGCCAAACAUCUAACACCGAUCACAACGUUUAGCGAAUGA